CCUUCCUGUUUGAGAGAGUACGGGCGAGCUAUAAUUGAUUAUCAAUCAAAACGGCAGAGCCGAAGAGCCAAAGCGACGAGUCGAAAGUUCUCGGCUUCACAUUUCUAGGGUUUAUACAAGAUUUCACUCAACACGGUUAAUUACUGAAUAUAAAGAUUGAAAGUCACUUAAAUAGUGCCAGCAGGAUGCAAGUUUUCCCCCGAGAAGGCGAUGGUGCUCUAUCAGUCCCUGGUCCGAGGCCAAUGGAAUGGUCUGCUGUUCCAUAUAGAGGGCCACAAGGACCUGGACCAAACGGAAAGCAACGGACGUCGAGUUUGGAAUCGCCUAUUAUGUUACUCACAGGUCAUCAGAGUGCCGUAUAUACAAUGAAAUUUAAUCCUGCUGGAACUAUGAUUGCAUCUGGAUCCCAUGACAAAGAUAUCUAUCUAUGGUAUGUUCACGGGGAGUGCAAAAAUUUCAUGGUUUUGAAAGGGCAUAAAAAUGCCAUUCUCGAUCUUCACUGGACUACUGAUGGAUCUCAGGUAAUAUCAGCCAGUCCCGACAAAACUGUCAGAGCAUGGGAUAUUGAGACUGGGAAACAGAUAAAGAAAAUGGCUGAGCACUCGUCGUUUGUGAAUUCUUGCUGUUCUUCACGGAGAGGGCCUCCUCUUGUUGUCAGUGGUUCUGAUGAUGGAACGGCAAAACUUUGGGAUAUGCGGCAGAGGGGAGCAAUUCAAACAUUUCCGGAUAAAUACCAAAUCACAGCUGUUAGCUUCUCAGAUGCAUCCGAUAAGAUCUUUACCGGAGGUAUCGACAAUGAGAUUAAGGUAUGGGAUUUGCGGAAAGGUGAGGUAACCAUGACACUCGAGGGUCAUCAAGAUAUGAUCACUUCUAUGCAAUUGAGUCCUGACGGCUCGUAUCUUCUCACUAAUGGUAUGGACUGCAAGCUUUGCAUUUGGGACAUGCGUCCUUACGCGCCACAAAAUCGCUGUGUUAAGAUACUUGAGGGACACCAACACAACUUUGAAAAGAACUUGUUGAAAUGUAGCUGGUCCCCUGACGGAAGCAAGGUUACAUCUGGCAGUUCUGAUCGGAUGGUCUAUAUAUGGGACACAACUUCUCGGCGCAUACUCUAUAAGCUUCCUGGCCAUGCUGGAUCAGUCAAUGAGUGUGUCUUCCAUCCUCAUGAGCCUAUUAUCGGUUCUUGCAGUAGCGACAAACAAAUUUAUCUUGGCGAAAUAUGAUUAGCAAGCUUUACCGUGUUAUCUCUGUACCGAGUUGAAAUCGACUGCUAGGAGGCUGUUGUUUUAGUACCUGCAGAUUUGUUAAUUAGAUGUGUUCUUCCUAAAACUUUUGGGCUGACUUUACUACAAUGUGAUACACUUGCUAUGAUGUUCCUACAUUUUGUUGACAUGUCAAGCUUUUCAAUUUUGGUAUGUGUUGGUGAGCGACUUGUCACUGAAAUACAUUUAUGUGAAUCAAUAUAUUAGACUAAUCCUACUCCAAAUUAUUAUUUUGUUUA